AUGAACGCCAGCCAUCCCUUCUCGCCUUGUGUCCUCGCGGACGGCGAGGAUGUCAACUCCAUGGUGGGAUAUCCAAGCUCGGGCGGGCCGCUCACUCCUCCCGCGGCGUCCCAGUCCAGCUCGACCAUUGCCCAGGCGGGCUCUCAAAAUUCUGAACCGCCUGCUCCUAACACCACUUCCGUCCCGGAAGAUGUUGACAUGAGCAAUGUUAUGCCGGCCCAGCGGGGCAAACGGAGCGUAACUACAGGCGCAGUUGCCAAGCGCUGGUACCGCACCAGUAGGGGUUAUACCGUCCGCAUUGAUGGUAUCAUCGGUAAGAGGCUCGCCAGGCUGCCAGCAAAGCGGAACCCAGAACACCGCGACCGGUCCCAUAAGCCCAACCUCAAGAGGCGAGGUAACGUCGAGGCCAUGCUUGUCCAGGUCGCCGGCGACGAACCAGACCAAGCCUGCCGGAACUGCCGAAAGGGCCACGGCCCAUGGACAAGGUGUGUCGUCCUAGAGGGAAGCCUCUGCGGAAGCUGUGCCAACUGCUGGUACAACGCCUGCGGCUCGCGCUGCACCUUUCAUGAGAGCAAAGUUGACCCUCGCCCGGCGACCUCUCCUAACACCGCCCCUCUGGGUCCCUACCCAGUCUCGCCGGCGCGAUCUCCCCCGACCCCCCCGCAGAUUACUUACCUUCCUCCCGGGCCGUAUUUUCCUCCUCCGGCCUCUAACCUCGCUCCUCCGCAGCCUUACUGCCCUCCACCAGCCAAUUUACCCCCUCAACCUCAUUUCCCUCAAGCCCCUACACACUCACAAGUCCCACUUGAAGGACUCUACCCUCCUGGCCCUGCUGGGCCUCCUCCCAUCGGUAACAUACAAGCUGGAGGACUAGGCGUUCUCGGGCCUCAGAUCAUGGCCCACUUCUACCAGGCCGGCGCCUCAUUCAUGGCCGCCAAAGAGGUAGCACGGGCAGCCCGCCUCACUCCAUACGAGCGCAGCUUGGCCAGAAUGGUGCGCGCCUCUGAGGAGCUCGGCUUCCUCCUGGCAGAGCACGGAGAGCGGUUCCAGAACCAGAUCUUCCACCCGAUAUACCAUCCUCCUCCCCAGCCCUCCCAACCCUCCGCCACGCUCAUGGCUCCUCCCUCGGCUCCGGAUUAG